UUUCCAUGGACCGAAUCACGGACCUUUAUUCCGCCUCUUAUGACCAGACAGAGAGUUUUGGUGUUUUCCUUUAAAACGCUUGAGUCUAGGACAAUUUCUAAUUUCGUCCACGGAGCAUCAGCGCUUCCUGCUGCGUCUCUGCGGACUGACGCUCCAAGAAAACAACAACGAUGAAAGAUGUUCACCUGAAUGACACCUGCAGCAGCGGUCUAAAGGUCAGGAUCUGGUGCGGUUCUCAGUCCUUGGUGUGUUCGCUCACCGGAGGAGAUGGUGACCUCUUCACACCCAUCACUCAGCCAGGCAACAACACACCACGUGCAGGUUAUGAGCAGCAGGUCUUCUACAGUCCAUGGCUCGGCCUGGCUUUGGCGCUCAUGUCGGCCUUCCUGAUCGGGGGAAGCGUCAUUCUCAAGAAGAAAGCUCUGAUCCGACUGGCCAACGGAGGUCAAACCAGAGCAGGUGACGGUGGCCAUGGAUACCUCAAGGACUGGGUUUGGUGGGCAGGCUUGUUGACCAUGGGCGCUGGAGAGGCCUGUAACUUUGUCGCCUACAUGUUUGCUCCAGCCACGCUGGUGACUCCCCUGGGGGCUCUGAGCGUCCUCAUCAGCGCAGUUUUAUCCUCCUACCUCCUCGGCGAGGUGCUGAACGUGGUGGGGAAGCUGGGCUGCGUGCUGUGUGUGGUGGGAAGCAUCUUGCUGGUGAUCCAUGCGCCGCAGGAACAGGAAGUGACGUCGCUGCAGCACAUGACCAGCAUGCUUCUGAAACCAGGGUUCCUUGUGUACAUGUCGGCAGUGUUGGUGCUCUGUGUCGUCCUCAUCUGGUACUUCUCGCCUCGGAUCGGAGGCUCCAACAUCUUGAUCUACAUCAGCAUCUGCUCGCUGCUCGGAGCUUUCACCGUCUCCUCCGUCAAGGGCCUCGCCAUCGCUAUAAACACCGUGUUUUAUGACAUCACUGUGCUCGGUAGCGGCCUCACCUGGAUUCUUCUAGUCACGCUCAUCGUCUCGGUGGUGACACAGGUCAACUAUCUAAACAAGUCCCUGGACACCUACAACACGCUGCUGGUGUACCCCAUCUACUACGUCCUCUUCACUUCCGUGGUCCUGUCCACCUCCAUCAUACUCUUCCAAGAGUGGAGGAAUAUGGCGGCUGUCGACGUCGUGACCACGCUGAGCUCUUUCCUGGUCAUUGUGGUGGGCGUGGCCAUGCUGCACCUAUUUAAAGAGCUGCAGAUGACGAUGGAGCAACUGACCAAUCAGCUGUCGCAGCCCAUCGAGCAGCACGAACUGAGGGAGGAGGUUUCGGUCAGCGUCAUCGCUGGCUCCAGCAGCGGGCGAAAGAAAGACGACAAGCAUGGACUGAUAGACAACGUGGUGAUCGAGAGCCUCCCCCCCAUGAGAGAGGAGGGACCCAGGGUCUUCAUCAUCAGCUGAUCCUGCGGAAUCUUCACCUGCUUUCCUUCUGUUACGCAGCACUUUAUCAUUUAAUGAACCACCAUGAAAUGUUUUUUUUUGUGAAGGGGAAUUUGUCAUGCAUCCGACUGGACAUUUCCUGCUGGGAUCUUGUGUAAAAAUGAAACCAAGAACACACAAGCAAAUGCAGUUUGAACCAACCAAAACUUUAUCAGGUGAUUUGGAGAGGAGAAAGUCCAGUCUCUAUUAUAAACACUUUAUCCUUCAUCAUUUCACACAUUUUUACAACAGAAAAUAUCAACAUAACCAAAUCUACCUAACUGUAAACAAGGUAUUUAUUUCACUAUUUAUCUUUGGUUUGUGUGGCAGGUGUGUGACCUGCUUUGUGUUGUGUUACGUGGAGACUGUUUUUGUCCGCUGAUGCUGAUGACAGGAGUCUAUGAAGCAACCAAAACCUGCGUCACGAUCGACUCACUGUUGCGUGGUUGGUCUGAGAGUAAACAGUGCUGAUUGUGUGUUUACAGACAACACCGCUUGAGGUUGAUAGGGAAUGAAGCAAUGGGCAAAUAUUUUUUUUAAAGUGCAGUGCAGUCGAAUCUGUCUGAAGAAAAGAGAAUAAGAAAGAAUGUGAAGGGUUGUGGAGGAUUUGUUGCUGACGACUCAUGUUUUUGACGUUUAAUCAGUGUGACGUUACGGAGAGGCGCGUGUGGCUUGUGAGGAAAAGUUCCACCUUUUCAUUGUGUACCGUUCUGUGUCAAGCUGCUGGGUCAUAAAUGUUUGCUCGUAAAUAUUGGGAUUGAGGUCCUCAUCAUGUUCAGGGUUGCGGUACUUGUGUUCUGCUGUAACUUUUUUUUUUUUUUUUAAAUAUGAAGCCAAUAACUGACUCACCAGUCUGCAUGAAAUGAGAUGACUGAGAUUUUUACCUCAAAUUAUGGAAAUAAAAAACAAGUUUUACCCACUUU